UGCAUUGAUGUUUUGAUUUAAAUGUUAUUUGUUCGAAAGAAAUAGAUCCAUAUCGAUAGAUCUGUUGACUCUAUUCUGAGUUGCUAAGUUACUCUCGUACCAAUCAUCUUCAUAUAUUAUUGAUUUUUCGACUAUUCAAAGUGAGAAUGGUACGGAAAGCACUACAGCUCAGCCCAUUUCGGAAGUGAUAACAAUGAACAUAAGCAAAGUACGGCCCAUAAAUCAUACACCUUUGGAUGAUUUUCCAUGCGAUUUGUUCACAGAUGAACAAAGGAGGGAUGGAGCUAUAAUUUUUCACAUAUUAGGUGCUAUUUAUUUCUUUGUGUUGCUCGCUGUCGUAUGCAACGACUAUUUUCUGCCAUCGGUUGAAUGUGUUUGCGAAGAUCUGAAUAUAUCAAAGGAUGUUGCUGCAGCGACGUUCAUGGCGAUAUCAAGUAUAUCACCAGAAUUUUUCACAAAUAUUAUUUCAUCAUUUGUGGUCGAAUCAGACGUUGGUCUUGGCGGUGUGUUGGGCUCGUUGAUGUUUAAUGUGUUAGGUGUUGCAGCAUUUGCAGGCAUGGCCGUUACAGAUUACAUUCAGCUAGAUUGGUGGCCAAUUACAAGAGACUCCUUGUUGUAUGCGCUCAGUGUAUUUAUUUUAAUUUGGUUCACAUGGGACGGAGAAAUAACACUGCUAGAGUCGACGGUGAUGGUAUCACUUGUAAUUAUAUAUAUUCUUGUCUUGAUUUUCAAUAGACACCUAAUGCAUUGCAUGAAAUGGAUUAUGGAAAUCAAUUUAAACUGCUGCAGAGUGAAUAGCUAUGAUGUGCCAACAUCCUUUGUUGAGAGCAACCUCAAAAGGGCGAUCAGUUUACAGACAGAUGAUUUACGGAAAAUGACAAACAUGAAUGAAAAGCCAAAGUCCUUGCAUGGAAGCCUGUCUAAAUCAUCACUAAAUGAUAUGCCCAUAUUCAUGAUUUACGCAGAUCAGUCGAAGUCUGUAGAAAACAAAGAUGAAACCGAGCAGAAAGUAGAUAAAAGUCUAUGGAAUUUUCCAAUGAAAAGCAAACUCAAGACAAUGUGGUGGAUUUAUACGUGGCCAAUCAAAUUGUCGUUAACAUUAACCAUUCCGAAUCCAAAAACGUAUCGUCGUUGGUAUCCGCUUACUUUUGUCAUGUGCGUUAUUUGGAUCGGGUUAAAUUCCUACAUGAUCAUUUGGAUGAUGACUGUUAUAGGAUUCACAUUCAACAUUCCCGAAGCCGUGAUGGGUCUGACGUUCUUGUCUUUUGGAAAUUGCAUGCCGGAAGCAUUUUCGAGCAUUUUCAUGAUUCGGAAGGGAGAAAGAGGUUUUGGGGUAUCCAAUUCACUUGGAUCAAGUACUUUGGAUAUUCUCCUAUCGCUCGGACUACCUUGGUUUGUACGGAAUCUACUGCAAUGGGAAACAAAUCAAAAUCUAUCCGUGCACAUCGAAUCGAGCGGAAUCGGAUUCACCAUUCUGUUGUUGUUUGCUUCGGUCGUUGUGCUCUAUGCGAUUCUGUCUUCAUCUAAAUACCGUUUGAGCAGACCCGUUGGUUUCGUUCUAAUUUUAGCAUACACAGUUUUGGCCAUUCUCAGCGUAUCACUUGAAAUGGAUGUAUUUCCAACUCUAGCUAGUUGA